UAUGUUAAGUUUGUUUUCCCCCGCGGAACUACACGACGUUUAAGUGUUUCCACACGAACGAUUUUCGCAACUGUAUCGACAUGUUUUGUGGAUGCAGGUGAUCACAUGUACCGUUUUUUGUUUGUAUGCUCAGUCUAAUGGACGUCGUUUUACAUUGAGGCUUGAUAGACGAACAAACAUGUCCUCUGCAGAGGUAGUACUGGGUUUUCUUGAGGAUGCGGAACCUUGGCGGCUUCGUUCUCCACAGUUCCCCAGCAAAGUCGGAGGAAGGCCGGCGUGGCUCAGCCAGAGGGGUCUGCCGUCCACGGCAGAGCUUGAGUGUGAAAUAUGUCGAUUGCCCAUGGUCUUCUUACUGCAGGUGUAUGCUCCCAUAUCUGGUCAGGACAGAAGCUUUCACAGAACGCUCUUCCUGUUUUGCUGCAAAACCCCGGAAUGCUACUCACGCAAUGAAAGCUGCUGCAUGAAAGUUUUCAGAAGUCAAUUGCCCAGGAGGAAUGAGUUCUACCCUUAUGAGCCUCCCUCAGAAGAAGAACCACUCACCAAUCCAAAGGAGGACCACAGCAUAUUGUCCAUCUCUGGAGUUAAGCUUUGUUUCCUGUGUGGCUGCCCUGGAAACAAAUCCUGCUCCCGCUGUCACUCUGUAAACUAUUGUGGGAAGCACCAUCAGACCCUCCAUUGGAAACACGCUCACAAGCGGGAGUGUAGCGGUGCAGAAGCUCCUGUCACUGCACCAUCUCCCCUGCUCUUUCCUGAGUCUGAGCUCAUCACUGAGCCUGAGGAGCAGGACGAGGAGGCAAGGCAAGAAAAAGUGGAAGAAGAAGAAGAGGAGAAGGAUGGCAUUCAGAAGAGUGCUGAUUGUCCCUCUUUGGCCACAGACACCCUGUCAGAGGCAGACCUUGAGGAGAUGGCCAUGCACGAAACUGAAGACAACAAAGUGUUCCAGCGCUUUAGAAAGAAGAUUGCACCUGAGCCACACCAGGUGAUCCGGUACAGCCGGGGAGGAUCUCCCCUGUGGGUCUCCUCUCAGCACAUCCCCGUAGAUGAAGAUAUCCCAGCAUGCACCUGUGGAGCCAAGAGGACAUUUGAGUUUCAGGUGAUGCCCCAGCUGUUAAAUAAUCUGUGUGUGGACUCUACUGGGGCCAGUAUUGACUGGGGGACCUUGGUGGUCUACACAUGCUCCGCUAGCUGUAACCAUGACGACCAGUACAGCCAGGAAUUCAUCUGGAAGCAGGACUUAUGAAGAUUACAGAUGCAUAACAGAAUUUUGUGGGGGGGUUUUAAGUAAUGAAUUGACCUUCUGACUAAAUCACACAAAGGUAAUGGACAGGCUCUGUUAACCCUGUAUCUAACUGGAUGCACACAAACCUGGUGAAAGGACACUACUCCUCCUGAAGCCACCCAGGUGAAAAGGUUCAAAUGUCAUCUACUACUUUUUGUUGUCAGUUUCGCAUUUAUCGAUUUGGAAACUAGCCACAUGUAUCUGGGAGCUCAUUGAAGGUUGUCAGAUCCUGUACAGGACGUCAAUAUUCUCAUGCAUUUCAUGUAAAUGGUGUUGGACAUCUGGAGUAACUUCAGAAAGGAAGUCAUUCAACCUUGUAUCUGAUUAGAAAUAAAUGGUGAGAAAUUAAUUUUUAAUAUUUUGUAUGCCCAUUUUAAAAGGAAUGAAUAAAGUACUUUAC